AUGACCCUUGGAUAUGCAGAGUUUACUACCAGUUUGACAGGAGCAGCACUAGAGUGGUUCAAGAAUAGACCGCAUAAGUCCAUCCCAGAUUACGUAACUCUAUGCACCAUGUUCUUGGCACAGUAUUGCAGAAAUAAGAAGCAAAAGAAGAGCAUUGCCAGCCUCUUCACCAUCACUCAGGUGACAGGUGGAGAAUAUGAUCGCCAGAGGUCUGAAGAUGAUCAAGAGUCCGAGGAGGUAUACAGAUCCAGACUGAGGGUAGCCCACAAGCUCAGGAGGAUAUCCUCGGUCAGUGCUAUCGCUUCGGGUAGCAUCAGUAUUGGAUUCGGAGAUGGCGACCUAUCCAGAGUUCAACUCCCCCACGAGGAUCCAUUGGUCAUCAAUCUUUUAGUGGCCAAUUGUAUGAUCCGGAGGGUUUUGAUAGAUCCAGGAAGUAGCGCCAACAUAGUCACAAAGACGAUCUUUGAGCAGCUAGAGAUCCCGUCAUCAUCUAUUCGACCUACCUCCAGCCCGUUGAUGGGGUUCAAUGGCACAAGAGUAGAUCGCCUUGGAGUAAUAGACUUGUCCGUAACCGCGGCGAAGAAGACUCAGAAGGAGAACUUUGUUUUAACAGAGAUCCAUCGUUCUUACAAUCUCAUCAUGGGAAGAAGCUGA